GUCAGUAUUUGAGUUGGCAACCAGUGUUUUGUGCAAGUGCAAUAGCUAGCCUUCCGAUCUGUGGUGUUGGAGUCUUUGACAAGUGACAACAACUAUGGCGGAAUCAUUUCUCUUCAGCAUGGCGGAGUCACUCAUAGCAAAGCUUGCUUCUCGGGCUUAUGAGGAAGCUUCUCAGGUGCUGGGUGUAUAUGAUCAACUCAAAGAGUUUAAACAAACUCUCUCAUUAGUCAAGGCUGUGCUGUUAGAUGCUGACCAAAAGCAGGAACACAACCAUGAGCUGCGUGAAUGGUUGAGACAAAUCAAGCGUGUCUUCAAUGAUGCCCAAGAUGUGCUGGAUGAAUUUCAGUGUCAAACACUACGAAAGCAAGUGGUCAAAGUUCAUGGUACAACCAAGGAAAAGGUAGGCCACUUCUUCUCAACCUCUAAUCCACUUGUUUUUCGCUAUAGGAUGGCUCAACAAAUUAAACAUAUCAACGAGAGACUAAACAAGGUUGCAGCCGACAGGCAUAAGUUUGGUCUUCAAAUAAUUCAUGUUGACACACGUGUUGUGCAUAAAAGAGAACGUCUCACACACUCUCGUGUGAGUGAUUCAGAUGUGAUUGGAAGGGAACAGGAUAAAGAAAACAUCAUAGAGUUGCUGAUGCAGCAAAAUCCUAAUGAUAAUGUUACAAAUCUCUCUGUUAUCCCCAUUGUGGGGAUUGGAGGAUUGGGAAAAACUACACUUGCAAAGUUUGUGUUCAAUGAUAAGAGAAUAGAUGAGUGUUUUCAAUUGAAGAUGUGGGUGUGUGUUUCUGAUGACUUUGACAUUAGUCAACUCAUUAUUAAGAUCAUCAGUUCUGCCAAUGAUUUAGUUUCUGCUGAUGCUCCUCCUCUCCCACAAAAUUUAAGCAUGUUGGAUCCUGAACAACUGCAAAAUCAAUUGACAAACAAACUUACAGGUCAAAAAUUCUUACUCGUCUUGGACGACGUGUGGAAUGAAGACCGUGUUAAAUGGGUUGAGUUGGAAAAUUUAAUACAAGUAGGUGCGUUAGGAAGUAAAAUUCUAGUGACUACACGUAGUCAUUCAAUUGCUUCCAUGAUGGGCACUGUUCCUACUCACAUUUUGGAAGGCCUUUCUCAAGAGGAUUCAUUGUCUUUGUUUGUCAAGUGGGCAUUUAAAGAAGGAGAAGAGAAAAAACAUCCUCAUUUAGUAAAUAUUGGGAGAGAAAUUGUGAAAAAAUGCAGAGGGGUUCCAUUGGCUGUGAGAACAUUAGGGAGUUUACUAUUCUCAAAAUUUGAGGUAAACGAGUGGGAACGUGUGAGAGAUAAUGAAAUUUGGAAGUUGCCGCAGAAAAAAAAUGACAUUUUACCUGCACUGAAAUUAAGUUAUGAUCUCAUGCCAUCCUAUUUGAGACAAUGCUUUGUAUCGUUUUCCCUUUUUCCGAAGGACUAUAAUUUCAAUAAUUUGUUGGUAACUUCAUUUUGGGGGGCACUUGGACUCCUUGAAUCACCAGAAAAUAAUAGGAUGCCAGGUGAUGUUGCUAAUCAGUAUUUGCAUGAACUACUUUCAAGAUCUUUUAUUCAAGAUUUUUUCAACUUUGGAACUAUAUGUUCAUUUUCCAUACAUGACUUGGUUCAUGAUCUUGCCUUGUUUAUUGCAAAAGAUGAUUGUCUACUUGUAAAUUCUCAUAUUCAAAGUAUACCUGAGAAUGUUCGGCACCUAUCUAUUGUUGAAAACGAUUUACAUGGCAAAUUAUUCGCCACAAAAGCGGUAGGUGUGAGAACUGUUCUCUUUCCUAAUGAAGGUGUGGGAGCCAACAGUGAAGCUUUCCUCACAUUGGUUUCGAGGUACAAAUACCUGCAGAUUUUGGAUUUAAGUAAUUCUACAUUUGAAACUUUGCCUCGUUUCAUCGGGAAGCUAAAACAUUUACGAUAUUUCAGUCUUGAAAAUAAUAAGAAAAUUAAGAUACUCCCUGAUUCUAUUUGUAAGCUUCAAAAUUUGCAAGUGUUGGAUCUUAAUAAAUGCAUGAAGCUAGAAUCAUUGCCCAAAAGAUUAAGAAAAUUGAUUAGUCUCCGAGAAUUUUUCAUAACCACAAAGCAAUCUGUUUUGCCGGAGAAUGAGAUUGCACACUUGAGUUCUCUUGAAUCUUUGGUUAUAACUAAUUGCAACAAUCUGGAGUCUUUAUUCUCAGGGAUAGAACUCCCAUUUCUUAAAACAUUGCUUGUUGAUAACUGUGAGAGACUAAAGGCUUUUCCACUGGAUAGUAAACAUUAUCCUGCAUUAGAGACUUUGGCUGUUUAUAGCUGUGACAAUUUGGAUUUGUCCAAGGGCCAUGAAGACCAGAACUCCAACUUAAAGUUAAAAUCAGUCCUAUUUAUAUCUUUGCCAGAGCUAGGGACUUUGCCUCAUUGGCUUCAAGGAUCUGCUAACACAUUACUAUCCUUGGUACUGGAUGACUGCCGGAAUCUUGAGGUGCUUCCGGAUUGGCUGCCGAUGCUAACUUGUCUGGAAGUAAUUUUUAUCAUCAAUUGUCCAAAGUUGCAGUCUCUUCCAGAUGGAAUACAAUGCCUCACUUCCCUUGAACGUUUGGAAAUUGAAGACUGUCCCGAGUUGUGCACAAAAUACAUGCCGGAAGUUGGAGAGUGUUGGAACCAAAUAUCACACAUCAAACAGAUUACGAUUAGAGAGUAAGAAGAGUUGGUAGAAGUGGAAGAAGAGUUACUGGAAGUGGAAAAAGAAUUUGAGGAAGUGGAACUUGAUAUAGCCUGAUAAUUUUUGAACACCCUUGUUUUUCAUUUUUUGGUUCCAUGAUUAAUGCAGGUGAUUAUUGUUGAGUACUCUCUUAAUGUUUUUUGAUUUAUGUCAGUUGAUUAUGUUGUUCACUAGCUGUUGCACUAUGAUGUUUGUUUUAUGUAGACAUGAAUGAUGAUAUAUCUUUUAUCUUUCUCUUA